AUGGGCUACCUUGCGAGUUGGGCGUGGUUCUUGCUCGCCGUUGAAUUUGCCCUGCUACGUGGAGAGGAAACAUGCUCAGAUUCAGAGCAGAUUGGGGGUGCCUCCCUGCUCUCUGCGAAAGUGACGCGGGGCCGUGUGGGAGAUGUCAGCUCUGAGAUCAACGAAUCCAUGACGGAAAUGCUCCGCGACACUUUGCAGAGGGACGCCAACGACACAUCGGGGUUCCCCGAUGCAGAAGCCAAUAGCUCGCACGAUCACCAUCAUGGCUUGGGCGGGCUAUCGAAGCCCUUCGAGUUCCUGUAUGCCAAGGUCGCAGAGCUGGAGACGGCGAUACAGCUGCAGAAUUUGGAAAUCAAGGCCUUAUCGGAGAAGCUCGAAGAGAAGUCGCAGCAGGUGGCCGCACUAAGCGCCACGGUGGAGUUCCAUUCCCAGCUGCCAGACCAUGGUCGCGGUCAUGACCCCAAGAAGCUGGCGACAAAAGUCUCGAAGGCAAAGGCUGAUGAGCAGGCAAAGCACAAGAAACAUCGCCACCAGGUCGCACAAUUGCAGAAAGAUGAGUCGGUCAAGGUUCUUCGCGCGGUGCUGGGCAAGCAUGCGCACCAGCAUCGGCAUGGGUUUGUCAAGCCGGUACCUGGGGCAAACGCGUCAGAAACCACAGUGGCACCAAGAGAUGCGCGGCAGAGUUCGGCAUCAGAAGGACUUCACGAGUCUCAAGAGCAAUCGCUUAAGAUGAGAGCCGGCUUGCUAGACGAAGGUGCGAGUGACCAUCUGGAGUUGGACAAAAGUGUGACCUCCAAAGAUCCUUUUGGGGCUCUUUCCGAUGCCUACAACGCCGCAGCAGACCAGGUUUCUUUCGUCGCGAACACCGUUAUUGACACCGUGGAAGCGGCCAUGGCAAUUUUGCUGCAAGGCUUCGAUCUGAGUGCCGGCUGCCCUCAUUCCUCCGCGCCGUCGGCCGGUGCGGACGAGAACGGAGUCAAGAUCGAUUUCGGAAGGCAGAGGUGCGAGAUGACUCUGGUUGGCCAGACAGUUCAGCUCUUUGACUUCGAUUUCGGAGAGAAGUCUUUCCCAUGGUUUGGACCCCUGGCCACCCUGGCCAAGUUGGGUUUCGCCGUUGCCGACUGCGCGACACAGAGCGGCACAACUGCGUUGGUUUGCUUUGCGAAAGCCUUUGGUAAUACUCUUCUCGAAGUGGUCCCGCCCUUUAGCAUGCUCACGCAGCUGAACCGGAUCAUGGAGGAGUUCAUCGCGCUGUUUGCGCUCAUGGCCGGCAAACUGAUCGAGAAAGCCUUGGGUGACAGCACGAGCCUUAUCCAAGAGGCCGUCCAAACGAAAUUCCCCGAGGUUGGCGCCGCUGCAAUGGUGAAAAAGUACAGCAAAAACUUGGAGCUUCGCCUCAGUAGCCGCCACGGUCCCAAAAAGCACGCGGCAGCGGAGCACUCGGAGCUCUCAGCUGACCCUUCCCUGCUCCAACGCCAAGGCCGAAGGGAUGCGCUGCACAGCCGAGGGGAGGGCGAUGACAAGCCGAAGGGUGCCCUUGGCUUCGGCGCAACGGAUUAUGUCCCCCAAGUGCACAAGCUCAUCACGCAGUUCAGCGGAGUGGAGACAGACUCCGGCUCCUGCCUAGCCUUUGCCCCAAGCAUUCGAGGAGGACCCGGAAACACGGUUCUGCCGAGGGAUUGGCAGACACCGGGCCAGCAAAGCGACAGUGUGCCAGAGGAGUUCAUCAAGUUGGAGCCUUGGGCUGUUCCGUGUACCAACGAGUGGAUGAAGGACAACCCAAGCAAGUGGGAAGGAUAUUCCUUCUACACCUGGGAAUCGCCGGUGGAAAGGUGUGCCACUGUUGUGUACAGUUUGUCACUUCAGCCUGUCAUCGCCUUCGUUGGCGGCUUGGAGUUCGACAUCAUGCCUGCACCCAUAGCCGAGGUGGAGACCUUGGUCUGCUGGCCAGAGACCCAGCCUGGCGGUGUGGACCUCAGCGCCAUAGAAAUGCACAUCAAGUCGGGCGGAGUGCCGCUGCUAACGAGAACGCUUCGCUUGAAGAAGCGCUUCGGGUCCGGAAAUGCUGACUUCAGUGGUGAGAACAUCAAAGCGACGACGGCCAGCGGGAAGCUGAACUUCGGUGUGCCCGAGGAUGGCGCCGAUGACUCGGGCCUGAAUGCCAUGUCCAGGGAGUCUUUGCUUGAGGCCAACUCGAGUCGAGGUCGCCCGGAGGGCUUCGCUGGCUUCGAGGUUGAGCAGACGGGCUUUCUGGCCUCCAUGGUGUACGACAUGCUGUCGGGACCCAAUGUCACCGGCUCUUGGCAUGGUGCAGAGGCAGCCAAGAGGCUUCGACCGCUCUUUCCGAAGGACUCCGCCGGCACAUCCUUCGUGGAGUCGCAGCAAGACGAGCAUGUCCUCUUUUCGCUGACCAGCCCAAACAGUGGGCUGGUUGGCUUCGAGACCUACGGCCUCUUGAGCAACAGCAAGUUGCAGUUGGGUGUGCAGCUGCAGUUUGGGCCCUUCAGCACCUCGCGGAAGACCUACACCAUCCUGGACUUGAAGACCCAGCUUGCAGCCAUCCUCGCCGCCAUCCCCUUCAUCUCCCCGGCCAGCAAAGCUACGGCGGUGCAGGCCAUGUCAGACUUCGAUUCCUUGGCAGCAACUGUGGUGCCAAGCUCCCCAUUGGCGCCAUUUUCACGCUUAGCUGAGUAUUGGAUCUUCGCAGGCAGUCAUCGGCAAGCGGAGAGAGGGAAAGCGCUGUUUUGGGACAAUGGCCCUCAGACCUACCCCUUCGACGAAGACUCCAGCAAAGUGUGGCGUUUGCUUGCAGACGGGCUUGGUGAAUACUGGCUCGUAACAGGUGAUCACCAAAAUCCAUCCGGCAACAUGGUCUACCUGAAAGACGACAAGUAUCAACUGCACGCAUUCUGGGAGGACCCGAAGACAAAGUGGAGACUGGUCCCCGUCUCGGACAGUGGUGAAUUCUGGCUGGUGACGGGGCCAAAUCAUCAUCAGCCAGGCGAGAUGCUUUACCUGUCGAACUCAAUCUGGAGCAGGCACGCGUUUUGGCGCGAUCCGAAUUGCCAGUGGCGCGUGGUGGAGGUGGCGUAUGGUCUGCAGCCGUUCAUGCUGAGCCCGGCCGAAAAUUGGAUUGUGGGCGCUGAGGGUCACAGAAGCUACGAGGAUUUCAUGCUGAUUUGGAAGGUUGGCGGCACCCACAUUCACAACUUCAACUACGACGGCAGGUGCCGCUGGCUGUUGAAGCCAGCAUCGAAUGGUGAAUUUUGGCUCAUCACUGGUUCGGAAGCAGACAACCCCAAUGCAAUGCUGUACCUAAAGAGUGGCAGCUUCUGGGUGCAUUCGCCAGCCUGGCCCGAUCCCAAGUGCACGUGGCUUGUUGUCUCCGCUGGUGAUGGUGGCUUCUGGUUGGUGACGGCUCAGAACCAUCACGAUCCAAACCAGAUGCUGUACAUCAGUGAUGGCCAAUGGAAGCACACGGGCUUCUGGGAAGACCCUAAAACGAAGUUCCGAUUCCUGCUCAAUGGCUGA